AUGGCUGAUCGUUCACACCGCCGACAUCCUGCUGCACAGUCGCCUGCGUCGAUCCCCGACUCAGCGCCUUCCUUCCUGCUGCCCACCAGCAACUGCUAUGCCGUUCUGUCUGACGAGGAUUCUCUCUCGCAGCCUAGUUCUCAGCGCUCCCAGACCGCGCGCCGGAGCCGAGGGCUGUCGCGCUCCAGGGAGGUGUCCUCUGUUCCUGUCUCUGCCUCUGAUGCGGGGCACGGCCGCUGCCCCACCCGUCCUCAUCUGGUGCCGCCGCCGCGUCACUCACUGAGUCAGGCCUCUGGCAGCUCUCCUGACCGCUGCCUCGCCGGGUCCUCUUCCUCUCUGGAUGACUCUGAGGGCGCGCUGUCUUCUGCCGUGCUGGAAGGGGAUGCGGCGUUCUUCAUGGCAGCAUCGUCGCCCACCGUCACUCUGACCACUAACACGACCACUACUACUGUCUGUUCGUCGCGGAUGUCUGCUGCUGCGAUGUCCUCCCGUGUGGCUCCGCCGUUUGCGAGUGGCCCCGCCUCCACAGCUUCGGACCUGCCUGGUUCUCAGAUCCUGCCUGCCUCGAACUCGCCUUAUGCUGCUUCUCGGGACCUGGUUGAGUCUCACGGCCUUCCUGGUCCCGACCUUUCUUUGCCUCUGGUCAUGGUCCACUCUGCCGUGCCGACUCUUCUGCCGCAUAUGACGAUGCCGCCACCUGCUGUGCCUUCUCCUGCUCCGUCAGAUGCUGCUCCUGCUGUGGUGGCGCCAUCUCUGUCGGCCCCACCGCCAUCUCUGCCGUCUGUGCCUGGUGUUGUGAUGGCACCGCCGCCUGCGCCCGCGUACCCGUACACGAACGCCCUGCUUGCGCCGCCUGCUGGUCCGAUGGACGUCGUCGAGGGACGCCUGGGAAAGCGCACUGGUGCCGAUGCCUGGUGUGACGACUCGGACGAGUGGACCCUCUCAGGAUCAGCCUUCGGCGCCGCGGCGCCCUCUUUGGCUUGUUCUCAGAAGCCACCGCUGAUCGUGUGCAAGGGUGGUCUCUCCCCCUCUGCGAUCAAGGACAUGGCUGAUCUGCGCUCCAUGUUCAAGGCGUAG